GGCCCAUUGCUUUGGACAUUUGCAAUCUUAUGAUUUUGCAUAAUUGACCAAAAAAUAUGGCCGAAGAAUCUCACAAACAUUUGCAUUUUUCUAACACUCCACCAUUCUUUUUGCUCCCCUGCCUUUCUUCAUGGACAACCAUCACUACCACCACCCUCCACCCCAACCUCAGCUCACUCCGGCCAAGAGUUCCCGCCAACGCUACAACGAAUGGAUAUUUCGCGAUGUUCCAAGCGACAUAACGAUAGAAGUGAAUGGUGCCAUUUUUGGAUUGCAUAAGUUCCCUCUUGUUUCUCGAUGUGGUCGAAUCCGAAAACUGGUAGCAGACCACCGGGACAACGCUAUAUCAAAGGUAGAACUUCUUAGUCUACCCGGAGGCGCAGAAACAUUCGAGCUAGCUGCUAAAUUCUGCUACGGUAUCAACUUCGAAAUAACAUCACUAAACGUUGCUCAACUAUGUUGUGUCGCUGACUACCUAGAAAUGACCGAAAAAUUCUCGUCCCGUAACCUCGGAUCCCGUGCCAAUGAAUAUCUAGACAUUGUUGUCACCAAGAAUCUUGAAAUGUCAGUUGAGGUCUUGAAGCAAUCAGAAAAUCUGCUCCCUUUAGCUGAUGAUUUGAAGAUUAUUAGUAGAUGCAUUGAUGCCAUAGCUUCUAAAGCUUGUGUUGAGCAAAUCGCUUCAAGCUUUUCGAGACUCGAAUACAGUAGUUCCGGUCGACUUCACAUGAGUCGACAAGUGAAGGGGGAGAGUACCGAUUGGUGGAUUAAAGAUUUGUCGGUUCUUCGAGUUGAUAUGUAUCAGAGAGUUAUGAGUGCGUUGAAAUGUCGAGGUGUGAGACCAGAAAGUAUCGGUGAAUCACUUAUGAGUUAUGCCGAAAAGGAGUUAACGGGUUUAUAUAAUCUAAACGGUAAAAAAGCCGAUGGUCGUGGGGCUUCGGCACAUGAGCGGAUCGUGGUCGAGACAAUAGUUGGUUUACUUCCAGUUGAGAAGCCCGCAGUGCCGUUAAGUUUUCUUUUCGGGCUUUUGCGGGCUGCGGUGAUGCUUAACUGCAUGGGAACGUGUCGGCUUGAUUUAGAAAGGCGAAUCGGGUCUCAGUUAGAUUCAGCAACGCUUGAUGAUCUUUUGAUCCCGUCUUUACGGCAUGCAGAUGACACGUUGUUUGAUGUCGACGCGGUUCAUAGGAUUUUGGUUAACUUUUCGCAGCAAGACGAUAGCGAUGAUGAAAUGGAAGAUGGUGAUGGUGGUGAUGGUUCGGGGUUUGAGUCCGAUGAGCCCGAUUCGCCAUCGCAAACGGCUUUAGUCAAAGUCUCGAAGCUGGUUGACAGUUAUCUUGCUGAAAUCGCCCCGGAAAUAAACCUUAAACUUUCCAAAUUCAUUGCUGUGGCUGAAAGUUUACCCGCGCAUGCUCGUACUGUUCACGACGGUCUGUAUCGAUCCAUUGAUGUUUAUCUCAAAGCUCACCAGGGUCUAUCAGAAUGUGAGAAAAAGAAGCUAUGCAAACUGAUCGAUUUCAACAAACUAUCACCAGAAGCCGGGGCCCACGCUGCACAAAACGAACGCCUUCCUCUCCAAUCAAUCGUUCAAGUCCUUUACAUCGAGCAACUAAGGCUCAGAAACGCCUUAUGCUGCAACAAUUUUGAUGACAACCCCAAACUGCCACCGCACUACCAGUCAUGGCGGAUCAACAGCGGCGGUCUCAGUGCCGCCAUGUCUCCGAAAGACAACUAUGCGUCAUUGAGACGCGAAAACCGCGAGUUGAAACUUGAACUGACUCGGUUACGAAUGAGAUUGAAUGAUUUUGAGAAAGAACAUGUGUGCAUGAAGAGGAGUAUGGAGAAAUCAAGCUCGCAUAAUUUCAUGAGUAGUUUUUCGAAGAAGAUUUCGAAAUUGAAUCUGUUUGGGCUUAGUUCUUCUUCAAGAGGAUCAAGUUCUCCAUCUAGGCAUUCCCAAAGAACUGAUUCUAAGGUAACAGUGAGGACAGAAUGAACCAAGUUUUCAAGUAUUUUUGUUUUGUUUUUUUUUUACUUUUAUUUUAUAUUUACAAUGCAGUUUCCAUUCUUAAGUUUUGUAUAUAUAUGGUGUUGACUUUUCCCUAUCUAGUAUCGGUGUUGACUUUUGUUUGACCAAA